AUAUCCCAAACUCAGACUAAAUUGGCUGUGUACAGUGUGGGUCAUAUUAACAUGUGUUGCAACGACCUGUCUGAAAACACUGUUUUAACAGUGAAAUUAAACAGCAAACAAAUCGCACGCAUAUAAAUAUCACACACAGUGCGACAUACAAUUGCCAAAGGCGUACACGGAAAAUUACAGUGAAUGACUGAUACAGGAUAUACACAGGCAGAACAGAAGGUCGUAAACGUUGUACUGCUUCAACGUUAUACGGUUAGUAACAGCCACAGCUAACUGUAUAUUCACUAUAUUUGGUUCCCCACACCUUAACGUAAUAACCACACCGAACAAAAUGGUAAAUGGAGACCAUACAACACAACUUAAGCGUAAAAUAUAUUUAGGGUCUUAAGACCCAUUACCGGAAAAAGUGCACUUCUAACAGAAAGCGACGUUUUUCAUUAUUGGGUUAUUAACUCAUUAAUUACUACGCAUUUUAAGAGCAACCAAACGCGAAUAUAUAGCAAGGUUCAACGAGGGUAUAUUGCCACGUGAUAUUCUGUCUCUGUACAUAUAUAUUUAGGUUUUGUUGAGCCAAAUACGUUAUAAACGCUUAACCAGUAUUUACCAAAAUCCUGUUGUUCAAUAAAACACCGAAGUUUCAAAAGCAAAAACAGACCCAGAAAAUGCGUUUUUAUGAACUGUUUAUUUUUGUUUAUUUAUUUUCUGUAAUACAAGGGAGUAAACAUAAGAAUCGUGUUGACGGUGCAGCAGUUUGCUCGUUAGCUCACCUUACAAUAAAAGACUAUAGAUUCGCCGUAAUAUCCGGAUGGCUGAUCGAACGUCGGUAUGACGCAAUUGCACAUUCAUAUUUCUUACUAAUGUAAGGUUUAAGCGUCCUAAAACGUUUAAAUAAUAGGAUACGUAACAAUUUAAGAUAAAUUUCCCAAAAGCAGGAUAAGUUUGUGAAAAGCAUUGGACAAGAGGGGGGUAUACAAGCCUGUAAUAAUAGCCCCUUAAGAAAGGCUUUUUUUCGUACACCCACGCUUUUCACGCUCUCUUGGAAUUGAAACGAUUCGCCAGUCCAUUCGCUGAAUCACGGCGACUAGUUGAAGUUAUAACGAAAGAUUUAUCUUACGUCUUGCUAUAAGGAUAAGGUAACAGUGUAAACGCUGUAUUGAAAUACGAGAGUUUUAACAAUACGUUAAAACAUGUGACCGAAUUCGUCUUAAAAGUUUAGGACUUCUGUUAAUUGAAGGCGCUUGCGGUACAGCCUGUAGGUUAAGUUUCGUCUUGGUUUAUCAAACAUCUUACAGAAAUCGUUUCAGUUUAUGGAGGUAAUAAAUGCAUCACUUAUGUAUUUUGUGUAGGUAUACCGAACCGUUGAAAGGAGAAAUUUCCAGAAUGAAACCUAAACUAGGUUUAAGGACUAAACAGAAAAAGUUGGCUGUCACUUUCUCAGAAGAGACUUCUUGUCAUGGUAUACUGCAGAUCAAAAACAAUGCCAAAAUAUGGCUAAAGGUUUUUUGGGCUUUGUUGGUAUUAGCGGCGUUUUCAGUUCUAAUAUGGCAGAUUAUUGAUCGUAUAAACGCGUAUAACAAACACGAAACCAACACUCAGAUCAGUGAAGAAUAUGUACAGAGUGUACACUUUCCAGCGGUUACAAUAUGCAACUCAAAUAGAUAUUUUUAUUUCUCUUCUGAUGAAGAACGCCUGGCGAUGCUGACGCUUUCAAAAGCUUUCGAUACCGGAGUACCACAGAAUGUUUCGGUUGUUCAAAAUUUGGGGUUAACUUCCAACUUUUCUCUCCGGGAAUUUAUGAUGGCAAAGGGUUGGAGAUUGGACGUUGGGGGCGCACUCGCUUUUUGUGGAGUUUCAAAAACGGAAGUGUGUUCACAUGUAAACUUAACAAUGUCGUUGAGCAAUAGCCUCGGUUUAUGUUGGACACUUAAUGCACAGAGAAGACAAAGCAUACCCGGAUAUCCACAUGGAAUACACCUUAUUUUCAUCACGUAUCAGUCAGAUUCCACUGAAGACCCGAUAAGCGGAAACUCCGAAACUGGAAUUAAAUUUCAAGUGCACUCACAAGACGAACCGCCUCAAGUCGAAAGCUUGGGGCAUUCGGUUGGGGUAGGGUUGUGGGCUUCAGUACAAAUGCAUAAACAAGAAAAAUCGAACAUGUACUCACCAUGGGGGGCAUGUCGGCCUUCGAACGAAAAUCUUCGGUUUUAUUCCAAGUACACACUUAAUGCAUGCUUAAAGCAAUGCUAUGACACUUUAAUACAACAAACGUGUAACUGCAGAGGGCCUUUAAUGGAAUAUAACUAUGAAGACGUUGUAGAAUGCACGCCGAUACAAGUUCUUAAUUGUACAGCGCCUGUCAGAUACGCAAUCGAAAGUAGUUACACUCCCCAAAAGUGCGGGUGUUACCAGCCGUGCAACGAAGUCAAAUACCAAACUACUCUAUCUUAUUCUUCAUUCAACCCGAAACAUUCUGAGUUCUUCGAAAAAGGAAUGAAUUUAAGCAGCGGUUACUUAAGCGAGAACUCAGUUGGUAUCUCUGUUUAUUUUGAUGCACUAUCGGUAACGAAACACGUUGAGAGCAAAGCUAUUACUGAGUCUGCACUUCUUAGUGACAUCGGUGGUCAACUUGGUCUCUGGGUUGGGGUGAGCGUCGUUACUUUGUUUGAACUUCUGCAGUUCCUUACCAGGCUAUUGUAUAGCGAGACGAGACACCAUACAAGAAAAGCACACAAGGGAAAAAGAGAAAAAACAAAUGACAUUCCUAUUGAAUGAAAAUUCCUGAUUUGCCAGAUAGAGAACUGUGCCUUCUAAAAGUAAAGUUACUCAUGUUUCCUGAUAUCCACAAGUAUAGUCGCCAUUUGUUGUGUCUUUAACUGUGCUUUUACAAAUGUAUGAAAAGCAUGUUGCAAGAAAACGUAUAUUAAAUAUAUGAAGCAAAAACUAUGGAACGAAUAGUAGAUAAGUAAAAACACAGUGUUGGUGUGGGAGCAUAACUGCAUUUGUGAAAAGGACUUUUGUAACAUUAGAUGUUUCACUGCAUUCGUAACGUCAUGUCGUGACGUAGUUUCUUACGUCAUCGCUACAAAUUAAAUAAAAGUCGUCGAAGUUCUUUAGUGAUCGCUACCCCUCUAAGCUUCCAUUCUAACCCGUCGAAAUCUGCGUCUUCGAUUCUUUGCUUCUGUGACGUCAUCUCGUCGUCAUUGUCCUCGGUU